UUGGAGGGGGUCUCAGCGGUAGGGGGCGACGCGGCCGAGGAAAGCGGCGCCGACGCUGGCUCCUGGGCCGCCCCACUGCCGACCGCCGCCAGGACGAGGACAACGAGGAGAAGUGCGUUGAGCUGCAUAUUUCCGGCGGAGACGGGCGGCCAUCUGAAGGCAGAGAGAUAGAGGAAGGAGGAAGGGAUUGGAGGAGGAAGUGCGUGGAAACAGCAUUUACAAGCGGCAGUAUGAGGCCGCGAUCGUCGGUGGGGGAAAGAGACGUCGAGGUGAUCGGUCGGGCCUGUAACGUGGAAACCCGGUGGGCGGUUGACGGGAGAUGCAGGUGGCGAAACGACCGCGCAUGGAAAGGCUUUAGACCUCCUCGACGAUGAAAGUAAUGGAGCCCGUUGGUGUCAUUUAAUCGCUAAUCCCAUAAACAAGUAAAUACAGGAGCGGGACCCACAACGCUCUGAAACGGCUCAAUAAUGGGUCCCACAAAAUUCAGGAGUAGAGGAACGGCACGUAGGACGAGAAAGUCGUUUGGGUGGCAAUCGGAGGUACGUUUUUCUCGAUCCCUUCUCAAUCUAAUCGUACCGUUCUCUACCUGGCACUGCGUUCGCCGCGCAAACGGUAACGUGGCGGCGGACGACUCAUCCGAGUCACUCAAUCUCGGGUUUUCUCAUGAUCUACCGAACCGACGGUUGGGAUCCAUCUGGGGAUGCAACCAAAUCUCGAGCCAACCUAACGGUACCCGAAACGUACCCCACCCGAUCUCUUUAUGGUCACAGAAGCAAUGGGACCCACCAGAGACAGUGGACCAGUCCCUUCUUUUCGACUGCGAACAGAGCUGGUGCCACAUAAGUUCGGGACGCGAACCUUUCUACCUCACAAGUAUAUGGACAAAAAAAAAGGGGGGCGGGGGGGUUUGGGUUUGUGCGCAGGUGAUUGUUAUGCAAGCAACCCUAAAUUAAACGGAACUCUCCAGUUGUUGAUUCGGCCGCCCCUGUCGUUCCUUCGAACGCCUUCCAGUGUUCAGACAGUUCUAGGGUUUCGCUUCCCCCCGAACGCGCCCACCGCCGUAAUCCGGACCCCGGCCGACGAAUUCUCCCAUGGACUCCGGCGGCGAAAGGUUUCCUGGCGGAGGCGCCGCCGGCGGGUUCCACCGCGGCGAGGCGAUUGCCGCAGUCCAGGAUGAGGAACAGUUUUACGGGGACGAGGACGACUUCGACGACCUAUACAGCGACGUUAACGUCGGUGAGGGCUUCCUUCAAUCCUCCCGCCGGAGCGACGAGCCUUCGCCGGACGCGGUCUUGGCCGAAACUCCUCUGCCUCCUCCACCACCCCUUCCGCCGUCGGCGCCGUUGCCGGAGAAGGCCCAUCUCCCUGGGAUCACCGGGGAGAUAAAGAUGGAGAGAUCCGCUGGUGUUUCUGUUCAAGAGUUUCGGGGAGGAGGUGGCGAAACGGCUGCUGUGGUGCCGCUGCCAAUUCCUGGUGGUGUUAGAGCUGACUUAAGGCAGACUUCUGGACGGACUGGCGAGAUACAAGCCCAAACUGGAGGCGGUGGUUACUCUAACGAGGGUCUUCACGGGCAAGGUGGUGGUUUUGGAGGUGAAAUGAGGCAAGGAGGAGCGAACACUAAUGGUGGUGGUGUGGGGGAAGGGGACUUUGGAGGUAGUACUCUCUUUGUGGGGGAGCUCCACUGGUGGACUACGGACGCCGAUCUUUUGGCAGAAUUGAGCAAGUAUGGUCAGGUGAAAGAGAUCAAGUUCUUUGAUGAGAAGGCCAGCGGGAAAUCGAAGGGUUACUGCCAGGUGGAUUUCUAUGAUCCGAUGGCUGCUGCGUCUUGUAAGGAGGGGAUGAAUGGUCAUAUGUUCAAUGGUAGACCCUGUGUCGUGGCAUUUGCUACACCUGCCACGGUUCGACGGAUGGGCGAGGCACAACUCAAGAACCAAAAUUUGGCAGCACAACAGUCUGGUGGCCCUCCACAGAAGGGCAGGGGCAGUCAGCAGAUGGGUGGGAAUUAUGGAAGGAGUGGUGGCGGCGGCGGCGGCGGCAGCGGCGGCAGUGGAAGUGGUGGUUGGGGGAGGGGUGGUAUGGGGAACAGAGGACAGUUGAGGAACCGGAUGGGACAAAUGGGUGCCGGCGGCAGUCGCAGUAUUAUGGGAAAUGGUGGCAUGGUUGGCCCGCCUCCUCCAGUGAUGCAUCCUGGUGCAAUGAUGGGCCAGGGCUUUGAUCCAACUGGUUAUGGUGCUGCUAUGGGUAGAAUGGGGGGUGCUUAUGGAGGGUUCCCUGCAGGGCCUGGUGUUGCUGCUGCUGCUCCAUUCCCUGGAUUGAUGCCUUCAUUCCCUCCUGUUGUUGCUCCUCACAUGAAUCCUGCUUUCUUUGGAAGAGGAGGGAUGCUAGCCGGUGGUGUUGGGAUGUGGCCUGAUCUCAGUAUGGGUGCUAGGGUAGGUGAAGAGCAGUCGAGUUACAGGGAUGAUGGAGCAUCGGAACAGCAGUAUGGCGAAGUAAGCCAUGGAAAGGACAAGGCUUCUGACAGGGAUCUACCGGGAGCUUCAGAUAGGAGGCACGAAUGGGAGGAGGAGAUGGGCCAUGGGCAGGAGCGGCCAGAGAGGCAUUAUGAUGAUAGAGACUUGGUUAGGGAAAGGGAUCGGGAUCGGGAUCGGGACAGGGAGAGGGAGAGGGAGAGGGAGAGAGAGAAGGACAGGGAUAGGGUUCGGGAUUGGGAGAGGGAGAGGGAGAGGGAGAGGGAGAGGGGCAGGGAGCGGGAACGAGACCGAGGGAGGGAAAGAGAAAGGGAGAGAGACAGGGAGAGGGAAAGAGAGAAGGACAGGUAUCGAGAUGAUCGGGAUCGACAUGGUGAUCAUCAUAGGCAUAGGGAUCGUGAGUCCGAGCGUGGUGAUGACCGGGAUAGAGGAAGAUUAUCGAGGCCAAGGAGCAAGUCUCGAGAGAUUGAGCAUUCAAAGAAACGGCGUCUUACACCUGCAUAACAUGAGUUGUUGGCAACUUGGUUGGGUAUGAAUAUACCAAGCUUUAGACAUGCAUGCCCAUCAUCUUGAAUCUGGGAGAAGCAUGUCUGGCUUGGUUCCUCAUUGAUGUUGUUGUAGGACUUGUAACUUAUCUGAUGAUGUUAGCAGGGUCCUGUUGUAGUCAUUGUUCUUGAGACUAGAGAUGUAUGUUAUCUUAUCACUGAUGUUUUAUUUCAAGUAUUUUAGCUUCUUUAAA